AAAAUGAUGCUUGCACAUGCUGCAAGUGCACAAGGAAUCUCUGUUGUUGAGCAAGUUACUGGAAAAGACCACAUCCUGAAUCAUUUAAGCAUUCCAGCUGCAUGCUUUACCCAUCCUGAAAUCAGUAUGGUUGGAUUAACAGAGCCUCAAGCCAGAGAAAAAGCCGAAAAGGAGGGCUUUGAGAUUGGUAUAGUCAAGACUAGUUUCAAGGCUAACACAAAAGCCCUUGCUGAAAAUGAAGGGGAGGGAAUUGCAAAGAUGAUAUACAGACCCGACAAUGGGGAGAUACUAGGAGUUCACAUCUUUGGAAUGCAUGCUGCGGACCUCAUACAUGAAGCAUCCAACGCCAUAGCUAUGGGAACACGUAUACAGGACAUAAAGUUUGCUGUUCAUGCACAUCCAACCUUGUCUGAAGUGAUUGAUGAACUCUUUAAGGCAGCAAAGGUAAUUUCUCGGUUCUCUGUUAUUGCGGGUAAUGUGUACUUUUCUGUAGGAAAACAUAGUUCGUUUCCUCAUGAAUUAGAAUACCACUAAUUAUCAUCCCCAC